AGCAGUGAUGUCACUGCCACCCCGCAGCUACGGAGUAGUUUUCCUCCCCCCCCGUCUGCUAAGGAGCUACAAUGGAGGCAAACGAGAACAUUGCUACUUAAACAUUUGUUAAAGCUCUCAGUGAAGAGGACCUUGAAAAUCUUCACCACCCGAGAAGGGAACUUGUAGAUUGAAGUUCUGCAUUGCAUUUGGGACGGGCAAUACUGUUUAGAACUUUCCAUCCAUUUAAAAAUAAAUGUUUUCUGCUGCCAGCGCCUCAGGUGAGAGUGAGGGGUUUCACGGGGUCCCGCCCAGGAGUGAGCCCCGUCCAUCCCGGUCCCAGAAACUGCCCUGAACUCUCCGGAUCCGGCUUCUUACUCCCAGUCCUUCCGCUAGCAGCGUCACCUGGACUGCGCCUAGUGGGUUUCUGCGGCGGCCGCUGGGAGCCAGCCACCAUGAGCGUGGGUUUUAUCGGCGCUGGCCAGCUGGCCUGCGCUCUGGCGCGGGGCUUUACCGCCGCAGGCAUCCUGUCGGCUCACAAGAUAAUAGCCAGCUCCCCGGAAAUGGACCUGCCUACCGUGUCCGUGCUCAGGAAAAUGGGUGUGAACAUGACCCGUAGCAACAAGGAGACAGUUAGGCACAGUGAUGUCCUGUUCCUGGCUGUGAAACCACACAUCAUCCCCUUUGUUCUGGAUGAGAUUGGGGCCAAUGUACAGGCCAGGCAUAUUGUGGUCUCCUGUGCGGCCGGUGUCACCAUCAGCUCUGUGGAGAAGAAACUGAUGGCAUUCCAGCCGACCCCCAAAGUGAUUCGCUGCAUGACCAACACACCUGUGGUGGUGCGGGAGGGUGCCACAGUGUAUGUCACUGGCACCCACGCCCUGGUGGAAGAUGGGCAGCUACUGGAGCAGCUUAUGAGCAGUGUGGGCUUCUGCACAGAGGUGGAAGAGGACCUGAUCGAUGCCAUCACAGGGCUUAGCGGCAGCGGGCCUGCCUAUGCGUUCAUGGCCCUGGAUGCGUUGGCGGAUGGUGGGGUGAAGAUGGGUGUGCCGAGGUGCCUCGCAGUUCGAUUAGGGGCCCAGGCCCUACUGGGAGCUGCCAAGAUGCUACUGGAUUCCAAGGACCAUCCAGGCCAGCUCAAGGAUAAUGUCUGCUCCCCUGGCGGGGCCACCAUCCAUGCCCUGCACGUCCUAGAGAGUGGGGGCUUCCGUUCUCUGCUCAUCAAUGCAGUUGAGGCUUCCUGUAUCCGAACACGAGAGCUACAGUCCAUGGCUGACCAAGAAAAGACUUCUCCAGCUGCUGUUAAGAAGACCCUCCUAGACAGAGUGAAGCUGGAAUCCACAGUGCCCGCACAGACCCCCUCCAGGCCAGGAAAACUCCUCACAAGAAGCCCAGCCCUGGGAGGCAAGAAGGACUAAGGCAUCACUGCCCUCCUCUCUGUGAUUCAGAGCCCUCACCUGAAGGGCCUUAACUCCUCUGCCCUUCCCCAGCUGUGCAGGGAGGGGCCCACUCAGGUGGUUUCAGGUCCCUCUGAUAAACUCCUUAGGUCUGUUUAGACUAAGAUGUGCUAGUUGCCUCUCUGUGCCAUGUAGGAAAAUGCUCUGAGGGGUGGGUAGCGGAUGCUGGAAGCCAGACACAUCCCUGCACACCUUCCUCUGCUCAUGGAGAGCAUGGCUGAUAUCUGAGUCAGUGCUCAGCUCAGUGGGAAGGUCUGGGAGAACUUCAGUUGGGGUUCUAGAGUUUGAAAUCAAGACAAGGAAGUGAGAAAAAACAUGAAAGGCCCAUCUGAAUUGAUACAUGGAAAGGAAGUGAGCAACUUAGAAUUGUUACAGUGAAUCAAGUGUGUGGCAUUAGGGACUGGGAUGCAACUCAGUGGUAGAGACUUGACCAGCAGUGUUGAGGCCCUGGGUUCCAUCCCCAGCACCACAAAAAGAAUUUCAAAAAAGAAGUGUGAGGCAUUAGACAAUGCUUAUAUUUAACUGUAGCUUUGUAGAUGUGCCCUUUAGAAUGUGUUAUUCAGUGUUAAAUUUAGCUGCUUUAAUAAAGUUUUUUUUAUUCU